AUGGAUUUCGAGUUCUUUACGAUCAUGCUCUCAAAUUCGCUAAAGAAGCUGAGGCUGCCAGACAAAUUUGCCAAGAUGCUCUACGGCCAUGAGCCACGAAAAAUGAAGCUCCGGGAGGCUGGGCGCCGGCGCCUCUUGUGGGACAUGGAUGUGGUGUUCGACGCCGACGGCCACAUGUAUUUGGGGCACGGGUGGAAGCAGUUCGCCCAGGCUCAUGACCUUCGGCUCGGGCACUUCCUCGUCUUAAGCUACGACGGCCACGACGUGCUCACCGUGAAGGUGUUCGACGGGAGCAUGUGCCGCAGGGACUAUCAGUAUGACGACGAUGCCAGUACUGGCAACACCUUGUACGGGACCAGCGGCGACAGUGGCAAUACCUUGUUUCUCAUCAUGUACAUGGUUCCAUCUCUGGCACAGCAGGGAGCAGAGGGGGAAUGGGCAGAGGAACACAACGUGGAGCAGGGUGUAUCCAAGAUGAGUAAUCCAUGCGAUUCAGAUGGAAGCCAGAAGGAAAGAUCUUAUUCUUCUGAGGAAUUGUCAGCAGAAGACAGUCUAUCUGCAGACAAUUCUGUGGAGUCAGCUAAUCUACGAAUGCUUUCGAAUAACUAUGUCGUAUCAAUGCAAUGCUAUCUUACAAAAGCACAGAAGGUGAAAAUAGAUGCGCUUAUAGAAAAAAUUAAACCUAAAUUUACAGUGCUAGUUGUGCAGAUGAAGAAGUCAAACAUAGAACGGCAUACCCUGGCAAUACCCAAGGAUUAUGCACUCAAAUACUUUCCAUGUGAAAGUACAAGUAUAAAACUCCAGCUGCCUAAUAAGAACAAGGCUUGGAAGUGCAGAUUGCAUAUCAGGCCAUCUGGCGUGCAUAAUCCAGGCCGGCGCAGCCUCUAUUGGCGUUUGUUUGCCGUUGAUAAUCAUGUUAGGGAGGGUGAUAUCUGUCUCUUUCAACCGAUGACAAAUGACAAGCAUAGGACAUUCAUAGUGAUAGUCCAUUUACUUCACAAAGCAAGUGUUGAAAGUUCCCCUGGUGGAAGAAGUGACGUUGGCUCAAACCACGGAAGGAGAAGUGCAAAGAUGGUCUUGACAGCCAAUGUUAAUGAGGAACCAGCUACCGAUGGUGAAGAGAUCUCACCUUCUGGUCAUGAAAAUGCUGGAGAUUCUGACGAUUCCGAGGGAGCUUCUGAGCCUCUCUUUGUGGCACCAGAUAGACCUCGUCUGACGGAUGCGCAGAAGAAGAAAGUAUUGGAGAAAGUUCAUGCUAUUGGCUCAGAGUCUCUGCCCAUCUGUGUCAUCGUCAUGAACAAUACUAGUGUCCGUCUAUGCAAAUCCAGCAACAGUAGCAACUCCAGCGGCCCCUACCUAACCUUCAGCAAGCAGUAUGUGUCAAGGUAUCUUGAAAAACAGUACUUUACUAGGCAUCACGCAAAGAAGAAUGUCAUAAGUUUGGUGCUUGAACGGGAGGGGGGCAGUAGGAGGUGGCACACGGAGCUGCGACUAGGGAAUAACCGCCCGAUGAUCGUUAAAGGAUGGACGUCUUUUGCACGCGACAACCGCCUACAGGUGGAUGACCUCUGCCUCUUUAAGCUGAUGCGGAAUGAAGAGACGCUGAAGAUGAUGGUCUACAUCAUUCGCCGUAAGAAGUGCUUAGCUUGA